AUGGAUUCCAAAGUUUCAGUGUCGCCCACAACCACAAGCCUCAUUGAUCAGAUUGUCGUACCAGGUGAUGUUGUUCUUAAUUUGUCAAACAUGACUAACCAGACAAUCAAGCUCGGCAGUGGCCUCCGUCAGGAUAGUGAUGUUAUCUCUGCCAUGAGAGCUGGGAAGUUUAGUUACUCAAAGCCUAAUAAGUAUUGGGUCGAAAGUUCUCAUAAACGGUACAUACCUCGCCUAGAGGAUAAUGUUCUUGGAAUCGUGGUAGAUUCUAAAGCUGAUAAUUAUUGGGUAGACAUAAAAGGACCACAACUAGCGCUUUUGCCGAGGAAAAAAAAGGAUCCCAAGUUUGAAGCACUUUGCUCUAUGUUCGUGUUGUCAACUGUCAAGUCAAACAAAGGAAUGAAUUCCGAGCUGUGCGCUACUGAUGCAAUUGGCAACGCUGCAGAAUUUGGACCCUUGAGAGAUGGUUUCAUGUUUGAAACUUCGACGGGUCUUUCAAGAAUGUUGUUGAGUUCGCCGUCGUGCCCUGUCCUCGAAGCUCUUGGAAAGAAACUCUCAUUCGAGACCGCCACUGGCUUAAACGGCAGAGUGUGGGUUAAAGCAGCUGCUCCACGUACUGUCGUUAUCGUUGCCAAUGCGAUUAUGAACUCAGAGUCAUUAAGUGGGACUCAGCAGAGAAUCAUGGUCGAGACAUUGCUUGCAAAAAUUUCAGACUAA